AUGGAGAACAGGACAGAAGUGACAGAGUUCAUCCUCCUAGGACUCACCAGUGCCCCAGAACUACAGGUGGCCCUCUUUAUCAUGAUCACCCUCAUCUACCUCAUCAAUGUGGUUGGGAACCUGGGGAUGAUCAUACUGAUCCUCUUGGAUUCUCGUCUCCACACUCCCAUGUACUUUUUCCUGGGUAACCUGUCUUUGGCAGAUUUCUGUUACUCCUCAGCGGUUACUCCCACAGUCAUGGCUGGGCUCCUUCUAGGAAACUGCAACAUUUCCUACAAUGCCUGUGCUGCUCAGGCCUUCUUGUUUGGAGGAUUUGCCAGUGUGGAAAAUUUAUUCUUGGCCGCGAUGGCCUAUGACCGCUAUGCUGCAGUGUGUAAGCCCUUGCACUACACCACCACCAUGACAACACGUGUGUGUGCGUGUCUGGCUGCAGGCUGCUACCUGGGAGGUUUCCUGAAUGUCUCCAUCCAUGUUGGGGAAUCGUUCAGUCUCUCCUUCUGUCAGUCCAAUGUGGUGCAUCACUUUUUCUGUGAUGUUCCAGCAGUCAUGGCUCUGUCUUGCUCUGAUAGACACGUCAAUGAGCUGGUUCUUGUUUAUGUGGCCAGCUUCAAUGUCCUGUUUGCCCUUCUAGUCGUCUUGGUAUCCUACUUAUUCAUAUUCAUCACCAUCCUGAAGAUGCGCUCAGUUGCAGGAUAUCAGAAAGCUUUGUCCACCUGUGCCUCCCACUUCACUGCAGUCUCCAUUUUCUAUGGGACAAUUAUCUUCAUGUACUUACAGCCCAGCUCCAGUCAUUCCAUGGAUACAGACAAAUUUGCCUCUGUCUUUUAUACGAUGGUCAUCCCCAUGCUGAAUCCAGUGGUCUAUAGCCUCAGGAACAAGGAGGUCAAGAGUGCAUUCAAAAAAGUUAUUGGAAGCACCAUUUAUUGA